UCCAAACAUUUUAGAGAAAUGGCCAUCCGAAAAUUGUCGCAGGGCUACGGCCUUUGGAUAUGUGUGCUGCUUGCUGCAACAUAUGCCGAUCACAUCCAAGACUACGGCGGUGGAGGAGGUUUUGUUGAUGGCGGCGCAGGAGGAGGGUAUGGUGGUCCCUCACAUGUUGUUGUCGGCGGAUAUGACGAUCACUCACAUGGCGGUGGCGGCGUUGUAUAUGACGAUCACUCAAAUGUCGGCGGUGGCGGAUAUGGAGAUGCCUCACAUGGCGGUGGCGGCGUUGUUUAUGACGACCACUCAUAUGUCGGUGGGGGCGGAUAUGGCGGUGCCUCACAUGGAGGUGGCGGCGAAGUAUUUGUUGACCACUCACAUGGCGGCGGCGGCGGGUAUGAUGAUCACUCACAUGGUGGUUCUGGAGGAGGCAAAACGCAUUGCUGUGACAACGCUGACCUGAUAAACGGCAGAUGUGUGUGUAAAGCCAAUUACAGAGGACAUAGCACUCAUCCCUGUGACAAACCUUGCUGGGACAAAUGUGGAACCAAUACGUACUGUAACGUGCAGGAAUUUAAAUGUUACUGUAAGGAAGGUUACAUCGGUGAUCCCUACAACGAAUGUGAUUUGCCAUGUGGAGGAAAGUGUGCCUCAAAUGCUUACUGUGACAGUGUUACCAACACCUGUCGCUGUAACACUGGUCUUAUCGGUGAUGCCACACAGAAAUGUUUCAGCCCAAGUGUCAUCGCAUUUGCACAGUCUAGCUACACAGUGAGAGAAAGCGUUGGAGUCUUAAAGAUUAAAGUUACCAGGCAAGGAGGAACAUUCGGUUCUAUCACUGUGGGAUGGACCGUGUCCGGCGGCACUGCCACCAGCCCGUCUGAUUUCACAUUUGCCUUAGGUUCACUUCAAUUUGGUAAUGGAGACUCUGUGGAAUUUAUAUCUGUCAAAAUUGUCAAUGAUCAGGCUUUUGAGCCAGAUGAGAGUUUUACUGUCACCCUGACCUCUGUCACCUCUGGCGGAACCAUUGGAUCUCCUGACGUCACCACUGUGACAAUCACUAAUGAUGACAAACCAUGCGGAGGGAAGUGUAAAGCCAAUUCCUACUGUAGAGAGUCGGACAACACAUGUGUUUGUAAUACAGGCUACAUUGGAGAUCCAUUAAGAGGAUGCAAAAGACCUUGUGAUGAUAAAUGUAAGAAGAACUCCUACUGCGCUCCCCAUGACAAUAGAUGCUACUGUAAUAAGGGAUUAGUUGGAAAUCCAUAUAAGGAAGGAUGCGAUGUUCCUUGUGGAGGAAAAUGUGUUCUAAAUAGCUUCUGCAGAGAACGUGAUAACAAGUGUUACUGUAACGAGGGAUAUGUCGGCGACGGAUAUGUCCGAUGUGCCAAGCCUUGUGAUGAUGCAUGUCGUCAUAAUGCUUACUGCAACAAGAGAGACGACACAUGUUAUUGUAACAAAGGAUACAUUGGUGAUCCAAAGGUCGGCUGUGAACUUCCUUGUGGAGGAAAAUGUGCGUCCACUGCAUAUUGCGACAGUGCUUCCAACACGUGUAAAUGCAAGAAGGGACUUGUUGGUGACCCUCAUGUUAGAUGUGGCAAACCAUGCGACAACAAAUGUAGAAAGAACGCGUUCUGCAACGGCAACAACAAGUGCCAAUGCAAUCCAGGAUUCGUCGGGGAUCCAUAUGAGGGCUGUGAUCGUCCAUGUGGAGGUAAAUGCAAGACCAAUGCAUACUGUGAUGAACACACCAACACUUGCAAGUGUAACAAAGGAUAUAUCGGUGACCCACUGAAAAAAUGUUUCGAACCAAGUGUAUUCCAAUUUGUAAGGCGUGCUUACACUGUUUCGGAAAGUGCCGGAUCGGUCGAUAUCGAAGUAGCAAGAACAAGUGGAUCUGAAGGAUCCUAUACAGUUUCCUGGGAGGCCAAUGAUGGAUCUGCUAGACAACCAUCAGACUAUGUUAAUGGACAAGGAACAGUCAACUUUAAGACGAACGAGAAAACAGAAAAAAUUACUAUUAAAAUCGUUAACGAUCAGGUUUACGAGCCAACAGAGUCAUUCACAGUUACCUUGACAGCCGUGAGCUCUAAUGGAGCACUUGGCUCAUUGAUCGUAGUAACAGUCACCAUCACCAACGACGAUCCGGAAUGUGGUGGCCCUUGUGGAGUUAACGCCCAUUGUGAUUCCCCUUCACAAAAGUGUAUCUGUAACGUCGGAUUCAUCCUAUUCCGUGGAUCUUGUUCCCGGCCUUGUGGAGGACCAUGUGGAUCUAAUGCCCGCUGUGAUGAAACAACUAACAAAUGUGUAUGCACUACUGGAUACUUUUUGAUACAAGGAUCGUGCAGUCGCCCAUGCGGAGGACCAUGCAGACCAAACGAGAGAUGUGACCGUAACUCCAACAAAUGUGUUUGUAUCCAAGGAUAUAGGUUAUUCCACGGAAGUUGUGUUUUGCCAUGUGGAGGACCAUGUAGUCCAACUGAACGAUGUGACUUUGACUUAAACAAAUGUGUUUGUAAAUCAGGAUUCGUGUUACACCACGGCAGUUGCGUCCUACCAUGUGGAGGACCUUGUGGCCCGAACGAACGUUGCGACAGUUCAACUAACCAAUGUGUCUGUAAUCCAGGAUACUUCCGUUACCAAGGAUCAUGUUCCUUGCCAUGCGGAGGACCAUGUAAACUCUACGAACAUUGUGACAAAGUCAAAAACCAAUGUGUCUGUAACACAGGAUACAUCCUGUUCCGUGGAUCAUGUUCACUUCCAUGUGGAGGAAGUUGUCCAUCAAAUUCUGAAUGCAUCAGCUCAGACAACAGAUGUCACUGUACCCAAGGAUUUCUAGGAGAUCCUUACAAAGGCGGAUGUCAUCGUCGAGGCGUUGUACAGUUCGCCAUAACAACCUACUCAGUGAGUGAAAGUGCUGGAACGGUAUCGCUACAACUGUCAAGAACCGUUGGGCUGUUUGGCUCAGUGACGGGGUCUUGGUCUACCCGUGAUGGAACUGCUCGUUACCCAAGCGACUUCUCUAAAAACAGCGGAGUGGCUACCUUCGGAAAUGGUCAGAGUUCGACGACAUUUUCUAUUGGAAUUGUCAACGAUCAGACAUAUGAGUCAAGUGAGAGUUUUACAGUAACUUUGUCAGUGGCGGCGUCCUCGUCCAGCGUUGUAGUAAUCGGAGAACGAAGAGUGGCCACAGUCACUAUCACGAAUGAUGACGCACCGUGUGGUGGCCCAUGUGGACCAAACGCCCGCUGUGACCUGACAACGCAGAAAUGUAAAUGUAACCCACGUUACGUCCGUUUCCAAGGCGGUAGUUGUCAAUUGCCAUGCGGAGGAUCAUGUGGACCCAAUGAAAGAUGUGACAGUGUCACUAACCAAUGUGUCUGUAUCGAUCGAUACUAUAAAUACCACGGAUCAUGUGUCAUACCAUGCGGGGGACCAUGUGGAUCAAACGCACAAUGCGAUAGAGUCAGCAACCAAUGUGUCUGUAACACAGGCUACAUCUUUUUCCGUGGAUCAUGUACUCUGCCAUGCGGAGGACCAUGUGGGCCCAAUGAAAGAUGUGACAAAGGCAGUAACCAAUGUGUCUGUAUCGAGCGAUACUUUAAAUACCACGGAGCAUGUGCCUUGCCAUGCGGGGGACCAUGUGGACCUAAUGAAAGAUGUGACAGAGUCACUAACCAAUGUGUCUGUAUCGAGCGAUACUAUAAAUACCACGGAUCUUGUGUCAUACCAUGCGGAGGACCGUGUGGACCCAACGCACAAUGCGAUAGAGUCAGCAACCAGUGUGUAUGUAAUACAGGCUACAUCCGAUUCCACGGAUUAUGUACUCUCCCAUGUGGAGGAAAAUGUCCACCCAAUGCUGUAUGUAGCAGUUCAGACAACAGAUGUCAUUGCAAGCCAGGUUUCUUAGGAGAUCCAUACCAGGGUGGAUGUCAUCUUCGCAGUGUUGUACAGUUUGUCCAAAUAACCUACUCUGUGAGUGAAAGUGCUGGAACGGUAUCGCUACAACUGUCAAGAACAGGAGGGUUGUUUGGCUCAGUGACGGUGUCUUGGUCUACCCAUGAUGGAACUGCUCGUUACCCAAGUGACUUCUCCCGAAACAGCGGAGUAGCUACCUUCGGAAAUGGUCAGAGCACGACGACAUUUUCUAUUGGAGUUGUCAACGACCAGAUAUACGAGUCCAGUGAAAGUUUCACAGUAAUUUUGUCAGUUGCUGCAUCCUCAACCAUCGUGGUAAUCGGAUCACGAAGAGAGGCAACAGUCACCAUCACGAAUGAUGACAAACCAUGUGGUGGCCCAUGUGGACCUAAUGCCCGUUGUGACCUGACUACGCAGAAAUGUAUAUGUAACCAAGGUUACAUCCGUUUCCACGGCAACACGUGUCAAUUGCCAUGCGGAGGAUCAUGUGGACCCAAUGAAAGAUGUGACAGUGUCACUAACCAAUGUGUCUGUAUCGAGCGAUACUAUAAAUACCACGGAUCAUGUGUCAUACCAUGCGGAGGACCGUGUGGACUCAACGCACGAUGCGAUAGAGUCAGCAACCAGUGUGUCUGUAAUACAGGCUACAUCCGAUUCCACGGAUCAUGUACUCUGCCAUGUGGAGGACAAUGUGGACCCAAUGAAAGAUGUGACAAAGGCAGUAACCAAUGUGUCUGUAUCGAGCAUUACUUUAAAUUCCACGGAUCAUGUGUCAUACCAUGCGGCGGACCGUGUGGACCCAACGCACAAUGCGACAGAGUCAGGAACCAGUGUGUCUGUAAAACAGGAUACAUCCAAUUCCAUGAAUCAUGUACUCUUCCAUGUGGAGGAAGUUGUCCAUCCAAUUCCGUAUGUAGCAGUUCAGACAACAGAUGCCAUUGUAAACCAGGUUUCUUAGGAGAUCCUUAUCACGGCGGAUGUCAUCUUCGCAGUGUUGUACAGUUUGUCACAAUGACCUACUCUGUGAGUGAAAGUGCCGGAACGGUAUCGUUUCAACUAUCAAGAACCGGUGGAUUGUUCGGCUCAGUGACGGUGUCAUGGUCUACCCAUGAUGGAACUGCUCGCUACCCAAGCGACUUCUCCCGAAACAGCGGAGUAGCUACUUUCGGAAAUGGUCAGAGCACAACGACAUUUUCUAUUGGAGUUGUCAACGACCAGGUAUAUGAGUCCAAUGAAAGUUUCACAGUUACGUUGUCAGUAGCGGUAUCCUCAACCAACGUUGUAAUCGGAACUCGAAGAGAGGCCACAGUCACCAUCACGAAUGAUGACGCACCGUGUGGUGGCAAAUGUGGACCAAACGCGCGUUGUGACCUGACUACGCAGACGUGUAUAUGUAACCAAGGUUACCGCCGUUUCCACGGCAGCACGUGUCAAUUGCCAUGCGGAGGACCAUGUGGACCCAAUGAAAGAUGUGACAGUGUCACUAACCAAUGUGUCUGUAUCGAGCGAUACUUCAAAUUCCGCGGAUCUUGUGUCAUACCAUGCGGAGGACCCUGUGGACCUAACGCACAAUGCGACAGAGUCAGCAACCAAUGUGUCUGUAAUACAGGCUACAUCCGAUUCCAACGAGCAUGUACUCUUCCAUGCGGGGGGAAAUGUCCAUCAAACUCAGUAUGUAGCAGUUCUGACAACAGAUGCCACUGUAAUCACGGAUUCCAGGGAGAUCCAUACCACGAUGGAUGUCAUCUCCGAAGCGUUGUAGAGUUUGGUCAACUAAUCUACACAGUGAGUGAAAGUGCUGGAACACUAUCGCUACAACUAAGAAGAACCGGUGGGUUGUUUGGCUCCGUGACGGUGUCUUGGUCUACCCAAAAUGGAAAUGCUAAUUACCCAAGCGACUUUUCCGACAACAGCGGAGUAGCUACAUUCGGAAAUGGUCAGAGUACAACGACAUUUACUAUUGGAAUUGUAAACGAUCAGACAUAUGAGUCACCAGAAGCUUUCAAAGUAACUUUGUCAGUUUCGCAAGGUUCAAAUACGAACAUUGUAGUAAUCGGAGAACGAAGAGUGGCCACAGUCACCAUCAUAAGUGAUGACCCACCAUGUGGUGGCCCUUGCGGAUUAAACGCUCGAUGUGACGUGCAUUCGCAGAAAUGUGUCUGUAUAGAAGGCUACACCUUGUACGACGGGUCGUGUCAAUUACCAUGCGGAGGACCAUGUGGACAGAACGCCUACUGUAACCAAGCAACAAACCAGUGUGUCUGUAAUACAGGAUACUUCCUCUACCAUGGAUCAUGUGCCUUGCCUUGUAAUGGAGCUUGCGUCUACAAUGCCUACUGUGACAAAGGUUCCAACACGUGUAAAUGUAACCACGGACUCGUAGGAGACCCUACAAAGAAAUGCGGAAUUCCAUGUGAUGGACGAUGUGGAUCUUUCCCUCACUCCCACUGUGACCACAGCACAAACAGGUGCGCAUGUGAUACAGGAUACGCCGGAAACCCGUACGGAAGUGUCGGAUGUGUAUGUAAUGGCGGACACAGCGGAGGAGGAGGAGGCGGUGAUAGUUACGUCGGAGGAAGUAGUGGUGGUAGUUUCCAUGGAGGCAGUACUGGUGGUAGUUACGCCGGAAGCAGUACUGGUGAUAGUUACACAGGAAGCAGUAGUGGGGGUAGUUUCCACGGAAGCAGUAGUGGGGGUGGUUACCAACCCGCACAUGUUGGAGACUAUUAAUAAUUUAAUACGUUAAUGACCGAUCGCUCAGCUUGAUGACCAAUAUUACUUUUAUUUAAUAAAUAUAUCUUAGCAUGCAUCAAAA